GUCGUCUUCAGGGCCGGGCCUCUCCGUGCGGCGGCUGUUCUGUUGAUGUUGGCGGGAGCAGAUCAGGCAGUCCAGAGUUCCUCGCAGUUGGGCCUGUGCUGCCCAGAGUCUCGGGAGGGGCCGGCAAAAUGCGUGUGGCGGUGGCCGGCUGCUGCCACGGAGAGCUGGACAAGAUCUACGAGACGCUGGCGCUGGCGGAGCGGCGUGGCGCAGGCCCGGUGGACCUUCUCCUGUGCUGCGGCGACUUCCAGGCUGUGCGCAAUGAGGCCGAUCUGCGCUGCAUGGCCGUGCCGCCCAAGUACCGCCACAUGCAGACUUUCUACAGGUACUACUCUGGAGAGAAAAAGGCCCCUGUUCUCACAGUCUUCAUCGGAGGCAACCAUGAGGCCUCAAAUCAUUUGCAAGAGUUACCUUAUGGUGGCUGGGUAGCACCAAACAUUUACUAUUUAGGUUUGGCUGGUGUAGUAAAAUACCGAGGUGUAAGGAUUGGUGGAAUUUCUGGUAUCUUUAAGUCUCAUGACUAUCGAAAAGGCCAUUUUGAAUGUCCUCCUUAUAAUUCAUCUACAAUAAGGAGUAUAUAUCAUGUGAGAAAUAUUGAAGUUUAUAAAUUAAAACAGCUAAAGCAACCUAUAGAUAUAUUUUUAUCUCAUGAUUGGCCAAGAAGCAUAUAUCAUUAUGGAAAUAAGAAACAACUUCUUAAGACCAAAUCUUUUUUCCGACAUGAAGUGGAAAAUAACACGUUGGGAAGUCCUGCAGCCUCAGAACUUUUAGAGCACCUAAAACCUACUUACUGGUUUUCUGCACACCUUCAUGUGAAAUUUGCAGCCUUGAUGCAGCACCAGGCCAUGGAUAAAGGGCAGACAUCCAAAGCAACCAAAUUUUUAGCCUUGGACAAAUGUUUACCACAUAGAGACUUUCUUCAGGUUUUAGAAAUAGAGCAUGACCCCAGUGCUCCUGAUUACUUAGAAUAUGAUAUUGAGUGGCUCACUAUUCUCAGCAAUACUAAUGAUCUUGUUAAUGUGACUGGGAACCUUUGGAAUAUGCCUGAAAAUAAUGGCCUGCACACAAGGUGGGAUUAUAGUGCAACAGAAGAAUCUAUGAAGGAAGUAUUGGAAAAAUUGAAUAAUGACCUCAGAGUUCCAUGUAAUUUUAGUGUAACAGCUGCUUGCUAUGACCCUAGUAAGCCUCAGACACAGGUGCAGCUGGUCCAUAGGAUCAAUCCUCAGACUACUGAAUUUUGUGCUCUACUUGGUAUCACAGACAUUAAUGUCAGGCUUCAGAUGGCCAAACAAGAACAUCAUUUGCACCAUGAAUAUGAAGAACAGGAUGAUGUGGAGAGUAAUGACUCUGGAGAAGAACAAAGUGAAUAUAACACAGACACUUCUGCCUUGUCCUCUAUUAAUCCAGAUGAAAUAAUGUUAGACGAAGAAGAGGAAGCUGAAGAUGACAUUGUAUACAGUGAUGUGAAUACACCAUCUGUAGAACCUUUAUCCCAUCAAGCUUCUGACUUUUCUGCAAGCUUCUCUGAUGUCAGGAUCUUGCCAGGUUCCAUGAUUGUAUCUUUUGAUGAUACAUCAGGUUUGUCAACUGGUACAGAAGAGAAAGCUGAUGAGGCUGUGGAGUUGGGGGAUGGAAAGGACUUAACUGAAGUGCCGUCCAAGAGGCUGAGCGAGGAACAUGAACCUGAGCAAAGAAAGAAGAUUAAGAGGAGGAAUCAAGCCAUCUAUGCUGCAGUAGAUGAUGAUAAUGAUGCAGCAUAGGAGCGUUUACUUAUUGUGGUAUUACAGGGUGUAUGUGAUUUUCAAGACCCUAUUUUUAGAAUUAGAUUUGAUUCAAGAUUUAACUUUGUAAUAAUCAAGUGGCAAGACCAUUUUAGUUAGAUACUUUGUCUUAGGCCUUUUGUAUGUUUCAGGUAUAAACAUUAAAAUUUUAUAUAUUUACUUCAUUGACUACCUUUUUUUGAAGACAUCAUUCACUUCCAGUUUUUCAGCAAACACUUAUUGCACAUGUACUUUGUGCUGAGCACUUUUCUCUAAAUGGGACUAUAAAAAUGAAUAAGACAGGGAUUUUUGUCUUCAAAGAGUUUACUGUAAAUGUUUUGUUGUAUAAAAUAUGGCAUAUUUAUAUUUUGCUUUACAAAGUUAAGUCACUGUUGUAUAUACCCCUGUGUAUGCUCUGUUUUCAUUUAUUAUACUUUUUCCUCCUGGUCAGCUUUUAAUGUCUAUCAAAUAUAAAUUGAAAUUGAAGAUGGUAGACAAGAUUUUAGGAAAUA